UAGCUUUAGCGCAAGCGGAAGCGGUAUUUCUGAUUUUGUUGAAGUUGACAACCAACGUGAACGUGCAGUUAUGAGUCUAGCACUAAGAGCUGAGUUUGCACUGGAAAAGGGUAAGAAGAAAAAGAAGAGGGAGCUAGCUGAGGAACAGAAACAGGAAAUCCGAGAGGCAUUUGACUUGUUUGAUACAGACAAAGACCGUGCCAUUGAUUACCAUGAACUCAAGGUUGCUAUGAGGGCACUAGGGUUUGAUGUGAAGAAAGCAGAUGUCCUGAAAAUUCUACGCGAUUAUGAUAGAGAGGGUACAGGCAAAAUUUCCUUUGAAGAUUUCAAUGAAGUCAUGACGGAUAUGAUGCUGGAGAGAGAUCCGCAAGAGGAAGUACUGAAAGCAUUCAAACUGUUUGAUGAUGAUUCGUCUGGGAAGAUCAGCCUCCGUAACCUCCGCAGAGUAGCUAGAGAGUUGGGAGAAAACAUGACGGAUGAGGAAUUACGAGCUAUGAUUGAUGAGUUUGAUAGAGACGCAGAUGGUGAAAUCAAUGAGGAUGAAUUCAUUGCCAUUAUGACCGGGGAUACGUGAAAACCUACACAGUUUGGCCUACUAUCAAUAUUUAUUCAGUAUAUUGUGUGAAGAAAUGGACCAAGAAAUAUUCAAAAUGACAACAAUUAAGAUGUUUUAUGAUUGUUUAGGAGCAUGAACAAACUGUAUUGAUCAGGGUAUAUGUGCAUGUCUAUUGAGAAUACCACCUAUUUAUGUAGUUGAUCAGUAAAACAUUUAACAGAUCUGAUUUGAUUAUUCAGUGUAAGCCAACCUCCUACUUUUUAAAUCAAAGUUUUAAGGUAUCGCUCCCUGGGCUUAUUUCACAAUGGAUAUGUACGAAUGAUGAAUUUGUAUUGAAGCACAAAAUAUGUUGUUGUUUUUUGGCGGGGGGGGGGGGGGGGGGGGGGGGACCAUCUAAGUCUUGUAAAUGUUUACUUCUCAGGUUGAUUGGCUCAGAUUCUGUGAUGUGCAGUUUAAUUUCCAACACUUGCCUAUUGCAAAUAAUUGAUUUUAUUAUCUUUAUUUGCAUAUUUACUCCCAGAACAAAAUCAUGGAUAUGAUGAACUGGUAUAAAAACAUCGUCAAGAAUUUGAUAUUUUAAACUGUGUAUGUUUUAUAUAUUAUGUAUUUCUCAUUUCCAGCUGGUUGUCAAUGCUCUUACACGUAUAUAUAUAUACUAGAUGUGCCUUGGUAACAGAAUAUUUACGAUUUUGCCAACAUUUUUCAUGCCUGUUUCAUGCAAGUACAUGUUAUCUCCUUUCUGAGUCCAUACACAUACAUGUUAACUCAUUUCUGAGUCCAUACAAGUACAUGUUAACUCAUUUCUGAGUCCAUACAAGUACAUGUUAACUCAUUUCUGAGUCCAUACAAGUACAUGUUAACUCAUUUCUGAGUCCAUACAAGUACAUGUUAACUCAUUUCUGAGUCCAUACACGUACAUGUUAACUCAUUUCUUAGUUCAUACAAGUACAUGUUAACUCAUUUUUUAGUUCAUACAAGUAUGUUAAGUAUUUACAUUCAUGUUCAGGUGUGAGUCCGUAUUAUACAAGGUAUGAGUGUCAGUGUGUUGUAGUAUGAAAGGAACUGAAAGUUUGUUUGAAACUUGAAAGAUGCGACAAGUUUUUGCAUCCUCUGAGACCCACAGGGAUGUGGCACGACUAUCCAGCCCACCAUCCAUAUAAUGUAUUAUAUACAAUAUAUAUGUAUGGACUGUGUCUGUGGGCUGGGAGUUUGUGCCAAGCCCCUGUGCUGUGACUUUGUUUACGUUUUAGUGGAUGAGGACGCUUUUUAGAUGAUGGCGAGUGUCAAGUGUGAUUUUACGUAUACAAAAUGAAGGUAAAUCUGUAGAAGAAAUUACGUACUUGUCUGUACGUAUUUAAGUAGAUACAUUGGUAUAUCUUACUGUAGUUUCUGUGAUUUGAUUCAGAAUCAAUAGAUUUUUUAUGUUCAAUAUAUCAAAUAUCACUUUAUCUCUAAAAAUUGUGAUUAUUGUAAAUACGUUUAAAUGUCAAAAUAAAAUUUUUGAACUGAAA